GUCAUUCCUUUUCAGAGGCAUCAAACAGGUGUUUACUAAUUCCUUUUGUUUGUUGCUACUGUAGACUGUUCGAAUCUUUAGACCUCUUGUUUUUCAAAAAAUCAAGAAAAAUGGCCCGGCCUUUACACAUUCGACUAGUGUUGUUUAUGUCCAUGCCGCUGCUGUCCGGACAUGGACAUGCUGGGCACCACACAUUUUGCUACCCUUUGAGUCACUAACAUGGGGAGGGGAACAUGUUUCCCUGGUGUUUCCUCCUUUCAACAAGGAGUGCCAUCCACUUAGUGGUACAUGCUCAAAACAUGUGUUAUGUGAGUUAUGUGUUCCGUGUCGCCGUGCCACCUACCUCCAUUUCUACCUCGACACCCCGUGAACUCACCGCCUCACCGCCUCACUGCCUCACCGCCCUCGGCUCCAGCGCCCUCCCCGCUGUCGUCGCCACAAACGCGCCGGAGACGCUCCCGCAGAGUCGAGUCUUCCUCGAUCGGCCAUGCGGGACGAGGUACCCACGUGGAGCACGACAGGAAGUGACAGCUUUGAGGAGGCCACCUUGCCGAGCAAGGAGGUCGAAGGUCCAGCGAAGGAGGACCCCCCCAAGCGCAAGACGAGCUCGCGCGGCUUCCGGAUCCGUGCCAGCGAACUCCAACGCCUGAAGGCUGAGCAGAACAAGAUCCGGGAGGAAGUUGAAAGUCAAAGGAACUCGCUAGGCGUUUUGCAGCUGGAAAGGCGCUUGCUGGACAUGGCAAGUGAAAUGGAGGAGAAGAACAGCAGUAUUGAGUCGGUGAUUUUGGACUUGGCAAAGGAGCUGGUCACCGUAGCCCAAGAGGUGGAGAAUAUUAAUGGCCAAGGCGCCUUGGUGGAAGGACGCCUAGAGCGCUUGGAGACCUCGAUGUCUCCUUUCGCACCGAGCUUCAAGUUGGAGAACGAGGCUCCGGUCACUGUGGACGACUGGAAUGGAGGUGCACGCCGCUCUCCGUCAGAGUUGGCGUCGCGUCCUGGAAGACCCUUGACCUGGAGCUGCUACGAAGCCCCAGGUCAGCUCGUGGGCCGCGCACAAGAGAGACUGACAAGGCCUCGCACUUUGCCGGUCCUGGGAACAGCGCCUGUGACCUCAGAGGUCCAGGCGCUGGGGGAGUAUCAAUUGAGGUUGGAAGCGUCUGUGGCUCGAGCUCUUGAGCUUCAGAUGCCCGCGGCGGCACAACAGCUGAGCGCCCGGGCGGAGGAGUUGCAAAAGCACCUGGAGAGAGCAGUUUCUGAAGAGGCGGAGCUCCGGAAGAAGGAGUUGGGUGAGGAAGUGGAGAAGGCCAUGGCAUUGCUAACAGAAGUCAAGAAGGAUCUGGAACUCCAUGAGGCCAAGAAGGCUGUGGAAGCGACGCCUGAAGUGGAUGAGGCAGAAACCUGGAGCCCAAAGCAGGGCAAGGUUACAGGCGUGGGAAACACCUCCCACGGAGCAACUGGGGGUCAGGAGCGCGACAAGUUGGCCCAGGAGCCGUUCUCCCCCACGGCACGCGUGGGCCGGCGCCGGCCGAGUCAGCGGAUCUUGGGGGCGUUGGCCUGCUUGGGCGUUGUGAAGCCCACAGAGAAAGGCGCAGAGAAAGAAGAGCAAUGAUUAUUUUUCAAGGGCAUCGGCAUCAGAGCCUUUGACAAGUUUUCUGAGCGGCAGCAUCCCAGUGGAAAAAUGUGGAA